CCGUCACAAGUCCCGAGUUAAAGACGUCACGGUCCAAACACGAAAAACCUCGGUGCCUUUCCCUUCUGUACAUCAUCAAUCCUCUAUUUUCAGAAGCGUCUGGGUUUCAAAGAUAACCGCAUCAACGGAGUCUCAAUAUGGGUGAGACGGAAAAGGAAACCAAGCAGGACGUGCCCGCCGAAGCAGCAGCAGCCGAACCAGUGCCCGAACAGAGCACCUCGCAGGAUGCGACACUCGAGCAGGCGCGGAAGUUUCUUCAGGAUGCUCAAGUGCGGAACACAACACCAGAACGCAAAACCGAGUUUCUAAAAAGCAAAGGGUUGUCAGAAAAUGUCAUUCAGCGGCUGAUGAAUGAGGUCGCCCAAGAUGCGCGGGAGGAGUCGCCAGUCUCGAAACAUACAGAAGAGGAGAGGAUAGAGCCUCCCAUACCCAAGAAGGAAGACCGACCGCCGAUUGUGACAUAUCCCGAGUUCCUCACCAAGCCCGCGCGACCGCCACCGCUAGUAACGGUCAACGGCUUCUUGAACACGCUCUACGCAUUUGGGGGCUUCUCGACCCUCGUCUACGGCGCAAGCAAGUUUGUUGUCGAGCCCAUGGUUCAAACACUCACCGAGGCGCGCAUCUCCCUUCACGACACAGCGAACCAAGACGUCGCCAAGCUCGUGUCCAAGCUCGAGACCGUCGUGUCCGAGAUCCCACCCACCAAAUCCAAAGAUAUCAGGCCGCUUUCCGCAGCCUCGGCAAGGCACGAUGGCGACGAGAGCGACGCAGCUAGCAGCUACGGCGACCCAACCGAGCUCUUCCACCGAGAUGUCGGCGUUCAGACCUCCCCUGACCUCGAAGCCCAAUCCCGUUUCCAUUCUCAGCAGCAGCAGCAGCAGCAACACGAAACCCCCACGGACCACCAGAGCAAACGCCUCGCCCGCCUGAUCGGCUCGCUUAAAUCGCUCAACGACAGCAUGACCGACCAGACCGAGACGCUGGGCGACGUGCGCACGGUGAUGGACGUGCUGCAGCAGGACGUGGACAAGCUCAACGCGGCGGCGGCGACCGACUUUGUCGGCGGCUACUCGCUGUACGGCGCCGCGAGCAAGAACGAGCCCGACGACGAGAUCAAGCGGGCGAGGGAGAACAUCAGGCGAGUCAAAGGGGUGUUGUUGAGCACGAGGAGCUUUCCGGUGGCUACUCGGUAGGAAGGUGUCUGGGUAAAGAGAAAGUAGGGUCGGAGGGAGGACUGGCCCUCCUUGUCAAUCGUUGUGGAUGCAUGAAUGGCCUGGUCACCCCGUGGAGGACGGGGGCCAGCAGUGGUUGAAAGGGAUUAAGAGGGUACGGGUACC